GAGGAGACGGCGCUGGAACCCAUGGACACGUCGUACCCACUCGAGGACCGCCGGGCCCCAACGCCCCGCAAGGCCGACGGCACCUCCCACACAGCCCUCCCGCUGGGAGCGUCGGGACCCCCGCCUCGAGACCACUUGAUCUGGUCGGUGUUCAGCACCCUCUACCUGAACCUGUGCUGCCUGGGCUUCCUGGCGCUGGCCUACUCCAUCAAGGCCCGAGACCAGAAGGUGGCUGGAGAUCUGGAGGCAGCCCGGCGUCUCGGCUCCAAAGCCAAGUGCUACAACAUCCUGGCCACCAUGUGGGCGCUGGUGCCGCCUCUGCUGCUCCUGGUGCUGGUGGUGACUGGCGCCCUGCACCUGUCCCGGCUGGCCAAGGGCUCCGCUGCCUUCUUCAGCACCAAGUUUGACGACUCAGACUAUGACUGACAGGCUGGGCCUGGGCCGGGGCCCUGUCCUGACCCAGGGAUCCCAACCCCAGGGCACUGCCCCAGGGCUCCACCCUAAUCCCUUGGAACCCCGACUCACCUAGGUGCCUGAGGCCACCCACCAGCCCCAGCCUGGGCACCUAAACUGACCCUGGAGACCCUCCACGUGGACCCCAGGGCCUUACCCUCACCUCGAUGCCCCCAGUCCCUUAGCACCCAGCCCCCAGGCCAGCUCCUCCAUCCCCACUCACCAGGCUCAGCCUGUUUCACAAUUAAAAGUGCCUGGUUCCAGAAA